CUCUCUCUCUCUCUGUUAUUCCCUUUCCUUUAUUUUUUCAUUUUUCCUUUAAGCAAAAAAGCAAAGCAAACUUUACUCCUUAUAUCCUCUCGUUUCUUUUCACAAGUAUUUUAAAUGGACCAUGACGCUUUAGAACAACAAACGGCUCCAGAAAGUACAAGAGGUUUAUUCGACUUACCCGAGGUUACCACAACAAAGAGUUCGGAUAAGCGACGUACUUUUCAUGGGCUAUCAUCUAGUUUGGACUUUAAAAACACUGGUAAGAAUGUACAACAACGCCAACAGGCUGUAUCUAUGCUACCCACGGGAAGACAUCAACGCUCUCGUUCUGCUGCCAACUCGGACUUGGUCGUCCUCUCUUCAAAAUCGACCAACUCGCUGACAUAUAACAAAAACAGCAACAAUAAUGCUCGAAACAGGCGAAGCUUUAUGGGCUUACAGACAUUAAAGGAAGAAAUUACUACUGUAGAUAACAUUAAAGAUGUCAUCCAAACCUUAAAGACCUUACCGCCUAUCACGCCACCUAGUUCUCUGAGUAGCAAAAGUUUGGAAAAGCGAACCAGUGACGAGAGUAUGUCUCUUUCCAGAGAAGAUGCUCUGGCUGAAGCUGAAGCCAAACUGAUGGGAACGUUUAACAGACGUAGCAGCACAAGUGAUGAAAGUUACGUCAAGAAGCGUUUAUCUCUACAGCAAUUACCUGUGUUGAACGAAAACGGAGAAUCAUUUUUAGAUUCAUCUACCAAUAAGAGAGCAGUUAUGAACAGCAAGUCCUUGAGUUUAUCCUUGGGUAGUAGCAACAAACAGCUCAAUCGUCGUUCUUCUCGUAAUUUCGAGGAUUGGAGGAAUAGUACUUCAUCCAAUAACAGCAGUAAUAGAUCAUCCUUCUCUCUUGUUCCAUUCACACCUACUCGUGUUAACUUUUCAAGAUACGAUGAUGCAAACCCUCAUCAACGUCGACAACUCUUUAUUGCUCAUUUACCAUUUUCUGCUUUGCCACCUUUAUUCAGAAGCCGUCAACUUGUGCGUGGUAUAUUACGUGUCAACAAGAGAAAUCGUAGUGAUGCUUAUGUUUCCUGUGACGAAUUGGACGGCAGUGAUAUUUAUAUUUGUGGCUCCCGAGGUAGAAAUCGUGCGCUUGAAGGUGAUGUCGUGGCUGUCAGGUUGGUCAAUGUUGAGAAAGUGUUGCGUGAGAAGCAAGAAAAGGAAGAUGCCAAGUUGGCGAGAAAUAAUGGCCAGCCCAAGGUGCGUUUACCCGAUGAGGAAGAUGAAAAUGAAAUCAUAUUUGGAGGCGAUGAAGAAACGGAUGUGGUAAAGCCAAAAUAUGCAGGUGUCGUUGUGGCUAUAUUGGAAAGAGCUCAAAAUCAAGUGUUUUCUGGUACCCUCACAUUGUCCCGACCCAAUAAUAAGAGAGCACAGCUUCAAGAAGAGGAAGGGGAUAGAGGGAAAAAGGAAGUUCCAAGAAUCGUUUGGUUUAAAGCCACAGAUAAGCGUGUUCCACUCAUCGCUAUUCCUAUUGAGCAAGCGCCUCAAGAUUUUGUUGAGAACACAGAUGCCUAUGAGAACCGUUUGUUUGUUGGGUCAAUCAAGAGAUGGCCAAUCACAUCUCUGCAUCCAUUUGGUACUCUCGAAGCAGAACUAGGAUCUAUCAUGGAUAUGAAUGUUCAAGUCAAAGCCAUCUUGGCUGAUGCAAAUGUGUCUGACACACCAUUCACAGAAGCAGUCAUGCAAUGUGUACCACCUACAUCUUACCAACCCACUGAAGAGGAAAACCGUCGAGACCUGACUACCGAGAGCCACAGUAGGAUGAUCACGAUUGAUCCUAUCGAAAGCAAUCUUUUGGAAGAUGGUUUAUCUGUUGUCCGCUUAGGUGAUGAUACCUUUGAAGUGGGUGUACAUAUUUGUGAUAUUUCUCACUUUAUCAAACCACACUCGCCCCUGGAUAAAGAGGCUAGAGCAAGAGGUGUUCGUGUAGAGCUCGAUCAAAAGCAGGUACCUAUGCUGCCCGACGAACUUGUCGACGCUGUCAACUUUACAGUCAAUGAGCUGAGACCGGCUAUAUCUGUUAUCUGGAAGCUUAGCUCGGAUGGUACACUAUUAGAUACCUGGUUUGGCAAGACGAUUGUCAAAUCUGCUGCUCGACUCUCAUAUGAAGAUGUACAAAAGAUCGUUGAUGGCAGUGAAAGCCAUGGAACAGAAAUCGACAGUGACGUUCAGUUGCUACACAAACUCGCUUCUAGACUUUAUGAAGCACGUUAUACCAAAGAGGCCAUGUCUUUAUCAAGACAAAAGUUAUUCUUUGAUGAUCCUUUCAAACCCACAACAGCCACCAUUUCCAACAAACUCCCUGAUAUUGCUACUAUUCUCAAGGAAUUCUUAUUUUUGGCAAACAAGAGCGUUGCUCAAAAGAUAUCCAGUCAAUACCCAGAACAGGCCUUAUUGCGUCGUCAAUCUUGUCCCAAUAGCAGAAAAAUUAACGAGUUGAAAGAAUAUGCUUCUCAGUAUUUGGGCGUCGAGUUGGAUAUAACCAACGCUGCAACCAUUCAGAAAUCCGUUCAAUCGAUUGAAAAUCCUGAGCUACGUCAGUUAAUAUCCAUCUUGGUGCUCAAGACAAUGGAACCACCUAAAUACUUUUGUGCAGGUGCAUUCGAUAUUUCUAAAUACUCUCAUUUUGCUCUUGGCACGCCUUUGUUCACUCAUUUCACUGCGCCUCUCCGUCGAUAUGUUGAUAUCGUUGUUCAUCGUCAAUUGGAAGCUGCGCUGAUAGGAGAAAAACACUUUUAUCUGGAUAGAGACACGAUUCAAAAACUUGCUCAACACUGUAACGCAAAGAAAGAAGCUAGCCUGGAAGCAAAUUAUCAAGGCAAACUGUUAUCACUUGCCUUAUAUUUGAUGCACAUUCAAGAGCACCAACAGCAACCACCACUUCCAGAGAAUUCACCUCCCACCGUCUUUACGGAAGCACGUGUGAUUGCAGUCAUGGAAGAUUGGUUUGAUGUGUCCAUACCAGAAUUCGGUAUUGAAAGACGUAUUCACUUGGCUAAUCUGCCACUCUGGCGUUAUCAAUAUGAUGCCAAGGAACGUGCCCUGACGAUGUAUUGGAAGGAGGGCGUCAUUCCUUCAACAGGACAGCAACAACAGUGGAGUUUGUCUGAUGAUGAGUACGAAGAGGAGGAAUUGUUGACAAAUUAUCCUGAAAGGUCUCAAUCGACUGCAUCAGUUCAAACAGAGGCUAUGAAUACAAAAGAAUUUGAAGAAAUAACUCGUGCCGCGACAAACGCUGGUCUCGUCGGUACGCCGAAAAAAUCAGCCUCAAAGCGAGCUUCCAUUAUCAGUUCUCGCUUAUCUGCUAGUACUGGUUAUAGCAGUGAACAGUCUUCACAGACGAUUAAGGCACUGGAUAAGAUCAGAGUCAUGCUGACCAUUCAAAUGGUUAGAGCACCACCCUCUAUUCGAGUAUUUGCCGCUAAUCCAUAUGCCUAAUGUGACUAUAUAUAAAAGUCUCUCUCUCUUUUCUAGUUUUUACUCCCUUUUAUAUAUAUAUACAUAUAUAUACAUAUAUACAUAUCUUCUUUUUUCCCUUGAUUUUAAAUAAAAAUAUAACAAAAAGUAGUAAAUUUAUC